AAUGCACAACUAAAGAUGUUGGACAAAGGUUCAAUAUAACUGAAUCAUCGUUUCACAGAGUGAUGGACCGGUUUAUGGGAUUUCUGUUAGAAUUGGGCCCAGACAUUAUAAAAAUGCCAAAGUCUGCUCUAGAAUUGGAACAAAUAGAAAAAGAAUUCAAAAAGGUAGCUGGAUUUCCAGGUGUCGUGGGAUGUAUUGAUGGAACGUCAAUCACGAUUAGAACGCCUGCUCACAAGAUAAAAUCAACUUAUGUUAACAGACAUGACAUACCAUCCCUAACACUACAAGGCAUAUGUGACUACAAGCGUAGAUUUAUAGAUGUCUUUACAGGCAUACCGGGAGAUGGAGCAUACUUCAUAAGACCAUGGCUUUUAACUCCAUAUAAAGAUUAUGGAAAGCUAACACCUGACCAAGUUAACUAUAAUAAGAAGUUCUGUGCUACUCGUGUCUUAAUUGAAAACACUUUUGGCAUUUUAAAAAGCAGAUUUCGCCAAUUAACCAGAUUGGAUAUGAAAUCUGUUGUAACUGCAACAAAGUUUAUAAUAAGCUGCUGCAUCCUCCACAAUUUUUGUAUCAAUGUUGAUUACGUAAUAAUUGAUGACAUUGAAUACGAAGAACGUUUUCAAGAAGGUGCUAGAGGAGAAACUGAAUGGCAGCAGCGAAAAAAAGGCGAAGACAAGCGCAAUAAUAUAAAAAUGAGUUUAAUAUAG